AUGGCUUGUCAAAUGGUGUCAAGGAACAGUGCUGGUCACCGACCAAAGCUACAGAAAGGCCGCGGUGGCUUUUGCGAGCGCGCUGGCUGCCCAACUUCCCCAAUGGGCUCCUGCUUCGACAAGUGCGCCAUCCACCAUUGCAUACAUUCGGAGACUCACCUCGCUUCAUACCUUGCUUCCACAUUGUGUGAAUCCCCACGCACGACUGCCCUGCUUGCCUGCAUGGUUGGCCUCCUGGCGUUGUUGUUUCUUCAAGAAACGACAAUCACGCGUUGGGCAAGGCGACUGUCACCACAGCUAUCCGUCUAUACCACCAACUUCUCGCAAUACCCACAAGAUAUCGUCUUGUUAGAUGGGGAGUCGGAUGGUGCAGAGCCGAUUAACGUGGCGGCUUUCGCGCAUCCUCUUUCCCAGCGAGCGGGCGCGGACGACCAUUCCCUAUUUGCGGAGAACGAGAGGAUGCUAAGGGACUUUUCGACUGUGUAG